AAGCUGAAAGGAAACCUCCUUUCUUUCUCAGGCUGGUAUUAGCCUGGCGUGUUUACAACAGCCGGCAUUCGCCGAUGAAAACGGCUGCUGCUCUUACGAGCCUCAAUAAUCCGUACAUAGGUCAAUGGCACUAUGGAAAAGACAUUCAUCACCAUCCAUGACUUGACGCAAGACGCACGCAUCCGAUAUGCUUCAGAUACUAUAGAAGACAUUCUGGGGUAUCAACCUCAGGAGGUGGUGAACAAGUCCUGUUGGGACUAUCUUCAUCCAGAUGAGAUUCCCUUUGCAAGAACAGUCCAUGGGCGCGGAGUGAAGCUUGACAAGGCCGCAGUUCUCAAGUACUGCCAGGUGAAGCAUAGGAAUGGCUCCUGGGUCGGGUGUGAAUGUGUCUUUACCGUCGUAUAUGAUGUGCUUGUUGCAAGCAUAAGUAUAUACCGAAGAGGUAGUCGCAGUGAAAAAAGGGCGGCCGAUGCUCCUGUCGUCCGGAGCUUGUUUACGUCCUCGCCGCGAGAUCCUCGCUACCACAUGCUGACUUGUAUGUCGAGCCGAUUUUCUCAACAACCGAGAAAUCUUCCUCAUGAGCCACGAGCCGCUCUGUUCCUUAAUCGGUUCACGAGGACAUCUACCAUUAUGUUCGCAACAAAUGGUGUCACGGAAAUCUUGGGAGUGACGCCCCAACAGCUUGUCUCCAAAAGCUUCUAUUAUUGUAUUCAGGAACGUUGCCUCCGCGACGCAGUCUGUUGCAUUGAGAGCGCUAAAACGAAUGAUUCUAUAGCCUAUCUCCGGUUCUGGUACCGGAACCCACUCCAAGGUGAUGGACCUUCGGGUGAAGAUGAAGAUGUGCAAAUGACCGAGGCAAAUGAUGCGCACGGAAACGGUAGUGAGCCAGGUACAGACGGCCUCCCCUCUUCAGGCACAGGAGCUGCGACCGAUCCGGCCAGACGAGAUAGGAUUGCAAGCGCACGACUCCAAAUCGAAGUCGAAGCUGUUGUUUCUUGCUCCUCUGACGGGCUCGUGGUUGUGCUCCGCCGGGCCCGUCCUCCGAUCCCGCUCAAUAUCAACCAAACGCCGGACAGGCGAGUCUACGCCAAUGGGCUUUUUGCAUCCCCAUGGGCUGCUGACCCAAUAUUCUCACACUCUGAUAGUACUGAUGUAGUAGGCGCCAGUGGUGGUCCUGGAACAGUUGCCGCUGUGCCCACAACCUCCAGUAGCAGCUGUUCGCACUCACAGCUCCUGUUCGAUACCAUUCGCGAUGUGGCUGUCUUCGCAUGGGGUAUAAUUGGGAUCAACGGUUCACUAGAGAAGUAUAAACGAGGAACUCCAACGGGCGAAUCCCAACCACCAGGCGGCCCACAAGUUUUUCCUCAACGCUCGAGCUCAAGUCGGAGGCUGGCGGGCGAUAUGGGAACGAACAGUUUCGGGGAGGACAACAGGAGUAACAGCGGAUGUUCAACUUAUCAUCAAAAUCCCCCUAGAGAGGCCAGCUCCUGUCGACGUGCACCUUCAGAUGAACCACAUGAGACUGGAGUGAGAGAGCGUUGUGAUCCUGCACCUCCGUGGGAAGGCGCAGGUAGUCCAGGGCCAUGAAGAUUGCUUUUCGCAGUACAUUGUGUAAUGAAGCUUUAUGUAUGUAGAUCUAUCAGAGAUACCAAAAUGUUCGUGUGUUUUGACGUCAUAUGAUCCCUUUUUCCCCAAACCAUCCAGUCAAUCGUCUAUA